AAUUAGGUUAAAAUCAACACGAAAACAACUUUAUUUUGUUUACAAUUACAAAAUUAAGACUAUUUAAAAGGGUGUGGUUUUAUAUUGAUUGGAAAACUUAUUAAACUUAAUAAUUUGACUGAAAAUGAUCUGGAAAACAAUUAUUCUGAUAGUUGCAAGUUUGCUAUCGCUCUUUGACACUUCAUUAGCUCUUAACUGUUUUCAAUGUAACGGAAGCAAUCCUCUGAGGCCAUUUCAAUGUAACGAGUGGCUCAGUUCUGAUAUAGAUAUUAAACCUGAGUCCUGUGACAAGGUAUACGAUGCUAAAUACUGUAUUAAACAUACAGGUCGUUUCGAAGGCUGGUGUAUAAAGUGCUAUCAGUGUUCAGGGUCUGAGAAUAUCAGUUGUACUGACUCAGUAAUUCACACGGAUUCCAUAGAACCACAGAGCUGUGACCAUGUGUACGAUGCCCAAUAUUGCAUCAAGUCUACUGGUUUGGGGGGAGGAAUAGGUACCAAGAGGUAUUGUUCUUCAGUAGAUUUAGGAAACUACUGUCAGUACGUGAAAAAUCCAGGAGAUAUACUAACAUACAGGUCCUGUGUGUACACUUGUACAGGAGAUGGCUGCAAUACAUCUAGCAUUAGGUCGUCAAGUUUGUACUUGAUUUCAGUACUAACUAUUUGUGUCUUAAUACACAAGUUCUUUCUUUAAAUAAUUGACAUUGUGCGAUAUUAAAGACGUUUUUGUGUGAUGAUAGUUCAAAAGUAUUUAUCAUAUUCCGUCCUGGUAUUAUUCCAAUAGUGAUAUUUUACUUAUUUCAACAACAAAUUUAUGUUUUUGUACCUAAUUUUAUAUAUUUAUACAUGAAAAAUAGUGUCUUAAAAAUAAAUAGAUUCUA